AUGGCGCAAUACUUCUUCGAUCUCCUGUACAAUUUCACGGAUUGCAUGUGCUGCUUUCCUAGCUCUCCACAGCUAAAGAUCAACAAUCGGAGUUUCAAGCUCCUACGCUUGUUGGGCGAGGGCGGUUUCUCCUACGUUUACUUAGUCCAGGAUAAGAGCACUUCCGAAUUAUUUGCGCUGAAGAAAAUCCGUUGUCCAUUCGGCCAUGAAUCCGUGUCGCAAGCCUUGAAGGAAGUCGAAGCCUAUAACCUAUUCAGCUCCCAAUCCAACAUCAUCCAUUCAAUCGACCACUGCGUGUCAACAGAAUCCGGCUCGAAGUUCCGAUCCGAUGGCGGAGACCCAGGCUCGAAGACCGUCUAUAUCUUGCUCCCAUACUACCAGCGCGGUAAUCUCCAGGAUGCGAUCAACGCCAAUUUGGUCAACCAUACCAAGUUCCCCGAGAAGCGCUUGAUGGUUCUGAUACUCGGUGUUGCUGAAGCGCUUCGCUCAAUGCAUCAAUAUCGCGUGAAGAGCGGAGCAGCGUCUACGCGAAAGGCGAAGGGUGUUCGGAGAGAAGGCGAGGAGGCAGACGAGGAACGGACCAUGCAGAUGAAGCCGAAACGUCGCGCUAGUCAGCGGAGGGCCAAUGAUGAGGAUGAAGAAAAUGAGCCUUUAAUGGAUGAUGAGGUCACUCAGAGUCAAGAGGGGGUUGAGGAUGGAGACCUGCGCCCUUAUGCGCACCGAGAUGUCAAGCCUGGCAAUAUCAUGAUCGAUGAUAAUGGCCAGUCUCCCAUUCUAAUGGAUUUGGGUUCUCUGGCCCCCAGUCCCAUCGCCAUCACCUCCCGCUCACUCGCCCUGGCGGUACAAGACACCGCAGCAGAACACAGCACAAUGCCCUACCGCGCGCCAGAGCUCUUCGAUGUCAAGACAGGGUCAAUAAUAGAUACCAAGGUUGACAUCUGGUCGCUCGGCUGCACACUCUACGCCUGCCUCGUCGGCAAGAGCCCCUUCGAGGCGCGCAGCGAAGAGACCGGUGGUAGUCUGAGCAUGUGCGUGCUCGGUGGUGACUGGCGAUUCCCCGACGAGAAGUCCGGUGCUUCCAAGGGUAAAGCAAAGUCCGGCGAGAGCGAGGAUGCGUCCAAGAAUGAUGGCCUUACAAUCAGUGCUCCAGUGAAAGAUAUCGUUCGUAGAUGUCUCACCGUUGAGCCCUCCGAGCGGCCGGAUAUUGAAGAACUGAUCGAUCUCAUGAAGAGCGUUAUUGACCAAAUGCCUGAGGAUGAUGACACGGGACCUUCUCAUUAA